CAAGCUUCCACACCGAUUGCAGGAGAGUCUACAAACCCACCCAAGACCGUACGACGCACGAACGGCCCUCAGCCACUAAGACUGCCACCGGGCAAGCUAUUCUUUGGUUACGAGAUCAAGCCAGUUAAGGACAAGAAAGGGGCUGAUGAAGGCGAGCAGAAGGAGUCGAAGCACUUCGAAGGCGCCGGCAACACUUUGCGAAAGAAGAAGGGCGACAAAUAGGCAGCUGGUCAUAUUGGACGGAAAACAUCACGAUGCAUUGCAAGGCGCUAAUGGGAGCCAGCCACAAAAGAUGGCAUAUGGCGUUCUGGGAUACCUACGAGCUAUUCCAAAUUCACACAAUUCUCAACUGCACAUUCUUAACCAUUCUGAUUCUCGAGCUGACAGUAAAUGCAGUGGUAACCAAGUCCACCCAAGCCCGCAUGGCGUUGCGAUCGCGCCAAAUGCCAUGCCGAAAUAUCGACAAUGAAAGUCAGCGUCGAGGCUACCUAAACCAAGUCCCAUGCUCAAACCUCCUCCAUCUCCUAGUUCUUGGCACCGUCGCCCAUCUCUACGUCGUAUUCAGCGGCGCUGUCCUUCUUCUCGGGCGAUGCGGACCUGGUCUCCUUCUUCUUGCGAGGGGUACGAGGCCUCUUGGUGGGAGUCUCAGGCUCGCCAACCUCCUCGCCGUCAGCAGUGCGCUUAGCGGGCUUAGCCUUCCCCUUCCCUGCAGGAGUGGCGGCGCCGUUCGGAAGUUCCCAACCCAGCUCCUUGUACACCUUCUGCUUAGCGCGAAGGACGCCGAUGCGGUUGCGGAUGGCGCCGCCAGUGGCUCCUGGGUGUGGUCAGUGAUCCGUAUCCAGCCAUCGGACUGAGAGAAGACUUAUCUGGAAAGGCCUUGGCGACCUCCUCGAACUCGGAUGUUUGGAUGUGACGGCCCGGAAUGAUCAGGAGGAGCCUGUUCUCGUUGGCACCUUACCAGGUGAACUUCUACAAUAGAGUCAGCCAUCAGCGUAAGCAUGGAAGUUACAAUAGUACUUACGCCCGGCGUUAGCUGCCGCCUUUUUAGGCAUGCUGAUCGUUGUGUAUGUUGGUGCUGGGUAAAGUGGAAGUGGUGAGCCGUUGUGCGUUGCGCGAGCUUGGGGAGUAGACAGUGUGGAAGAUGAAGUUCGAAGGCGGGCA